CCGAUCCAAAUUACACGCAACGAACUCGACUCGGCGAGACCGCUGGCUGGUCCCUCUGUGUGUAGGAGUGUCCAUCAUACCUGGCGCUGGCGGUGGCCGCCCCCAUUAAUCACCGUCUGAAGGGGGGCAAAAUGGUAUUCAGGAAUUAACAGGUACGAAAUGGGAAAACGGAAAAAAAAAGAGGGUUAAGAGGAAAAGAUUUGGUCGAGCAAUUAAGGAUUGUCGUUCCGUUUUCUUCUGCUUGCUUCUCUCUCUAUAUAACCCAGAGGAAGGUUGCGGAGGAGGAAAAUGAGAUAGCGGUACCUUGUCGCCAUUGAGUUAUCCUUCCUUCCUUCCGUCGGCGUCCAUCCCUCUCCUCCUGCAACCCUAAGCGAAGAGCGGGGAACGUCGUGGCGGAGGAAUUUCGUUAGGUAUCAUCUGAUCGUUCUUUUUUUGCUUAUUUUCUGAUCGAUCUUGAUUAUACCGACAAUCUGUUUGGAAAAUAUACCAAAAAUCAAAGGUUGACAGAUUUGGUGUCUGGCUUAGUCUUCUGCAAGAGGAGAAUAUGUGGGCUUAAUUUUCUAUAAAAUAAAAAUAAUAAUUGGUAUUUUCCUUUAGGAAGAACAUUAGGGUGAUAAUUUAUCAACCAGGUAUUAAGAUCUUUCUUGCAUUGUGGUUCCUUGUUUCUCUCCUUCAUCCAUCAAAAUCGGUACAUGCAUUCCUAGUGCUAGCUGUUUGUUUAUCUUUUGCAGGACUUGAGAUUGGAGCUACCUAAAAUAAAUUGAUCCUAAUUAUCGGACUGGGUAAUUAACAAGCGUGUUGAUCCCUGGAGAUCCAAGUCACAUGUGAGGACGGUUUAUCUGAUAUUCACGCUAACAAUUCUACCAGAAUGUCAAUAGAUGUUAUUGGUUUGUUGCUCUGGUUUCUCAAAUACCCAUUGUUGCAUCUUCUUGGACUACGGUUGUCUGCCAUUACAGCUUUUUUUUUUUUAAAAAUAGCUUAUUUUGGGUCUAAUGUAGAAGGGAGAAUCAAUCAAUGUUUCGGUUUUUUUUUUUUCAUUUUAAUUAAAUAGGCCUAGAUGUUUCAUUUUCCUCUUCUAACUGAGAGAAUGAGGUUUGUUUCAUAUACAACAUAGGCAUGUGUCAUGUAAUUUUGCAUCAUAGUAAAAAGGGUAAAUUGUUAGCCUUCUUCCUCUUCAUUUUUGCUAUGACCAAGUUGAUUAUAAGCUACUUGCAGGUUUUCUGUUUCUCUAAAAGGGAAUUCUUGGGAAUUUUCUUGUAUUCAGUGUGCUCAUAUGAAGAAAUGUUCACUGAGAUUUAAGCCGUAAAGGAUAUAUUUCAGACCAGGACAUAGUUUUUUUUUUUUGCAUGGAUUGGUGCAAAGUAUGAACAGAAUGUAACAGGCCAAUGAGUCAAUCCAGUAACCAAGACACAGGACUUUCUUUCUCAUUACCUUCUCCUUUAGAAGUCACAUUUAUGUAAUGAAUGCUUUUGGUAUCAAAGUUGAGUUCAGUUUGCUAUUUUCUACCAAUUUAUUGUGUUGAUUUUCUACCCUAUUUACCAUCUAUAUUCUCAAUUCAGCCAAUUAUAUUGAUAUCGUCAGAGUUGUGUCAUCCAAUCAUUUCAUCUUGACUGAUACAUUGUACACAAGAGACUUCUUCGUCUUUAUUGAAUACUGCAAGUACUAAUUCCCAGUUAGUUUUGAGUUGAAUUGAUUGUUGUUGCUAUUCAACAGCCAAUGGUGGAGAUUCUACUAGCUAAAUUUCUUCUAAGAUUCACUGAUGGUAUUACAGAAUCACCAAUUACCAUUUUCUAUUUAAAUGCAAACUAAGGUAUAAAUACAACUAUUCAUAUCCUUGGUUUAUGGAUAUCCUUGUUUUCGGGCUAUUUAGCUUCACCUCAGUGACAUCUUUGAUUUUGCCUCUUUGAGGCUGAUUGAGUGCUGACUGUUGCAUAUCUUCGUUCAUGCACAUUCAUCUGUCAAAAUGAAACAGGAGAACUUUCAAUAAAUCAAUUCCAAGGCACUCAAUCAGCCUUUCAGUCAGUUUCACUUGCCAGAUUUUGUUCAAUUUGUGAAUGUGUUUUGUUGAUCUGAAGAAUAAGGAAUCAAUUACCUGUGGUGCGUGCUGGUAUUUUUGCAGUCCUAUGGAGAAAUGCCUCAUCUUUUAUAAUCCUGGAGGGAGACUUAUCAUAUGCUAUAAAUACAUGUGUUAAUCUCAUUUCUUGUUUGAAGAGUGGUUCAUUCUCUGAGAACCUUUCUAGAGUCAAAACUGAUAGUAGAACUCAGAGGAAUAAUUAUGUACUGAAUGUAUGUAAAUUAAACUCUAAAACAUUUUUCAGUAUACUAAUCACAAUAUGUCUUUAAAUGUUGGAAAACUAUGAAUUGAUUUUCUAAAUGUGUAACCUUUAUUUGGUUAAACCAAUUUACAUUCCUUGCAUACCAAGUGACAUGCAGAGUUGAAUUUUCCUAAAAUAUUGAUCAUCUGGCUUUUUAUUACAAGUUUCGUGUUACACUCAAGGAGGAAGUUCACAUUAGACUAUGUUGCUAAUUUGAUAUGUAGAAUGAAGACUGAAGACUCAACUGCUUCUGAUUAUAGGGUCAGGAUGUUUAGGUGAUUCACCAUGAAGCAAUCUUUUUUUUUUAAAAAAAAAGAUCUAGAUAAAAUGAGUAUUAUGCUUCCACUAAAAGAUGGUUCAGCCAACUUAUAUGCUCCAAUACUUAUACUCUUAAUUUACCACCUUCCAAGUUGCAUUUGAUAUCAACAAUUGGACACCCAUAUUUCAAGUGGAAACCCUUGAUAUUUCUAUUGACCACAUGUAAUACGGUGUCAAACCCUUCAAUCCACACCUGUGUUAGAUAAUCGUAUCAAGUCCAAGUAGCAUAGCUUAUAACUGUUUGUUAAGAUUGCACCUUGUAGAUUGUGAAACAUGUUGGCUGUAGUUUGAUGGUUGCGAAGGAUGUUUCUAUGUUUAUAUGAAUUGAGUCUUUGUCAUGAUAAUAUGAUUUAUUUAUUACCAAAUGUAUUUUCUCAUCAUGCAUGCCUUUUACCUAUCCUCAGUUGAGUUGCAUUCUAUGUUGCAGCAGGUUCUGUAGUAUAGCUAACAGACCCCAUUUUAAUAAGUGUUGAGAGAGAUGAACUGUUGGCCUAACUCCUUAAGCUACUCAUUAGUCAUAGUUGUUUCUUGUCUGAAUGAACCUUGUAACACAACUGAAACUCUGCAACAUUUAAUUGAUUCUACUUUGUUACAAUCACUUUUUUUUCUGGUCCUGAGAUAAAGCAGCAACCUUAAAGUUUCAAUUCAUUGUCACUACUUCGGAAUCACUACCAUAACAACAACAAUUAGUCUUAAGACAACUAAUGAAUUACUACCAGAAAUGUCUAGAAGGUACUGUUCAAAGGAACUAGUCGAUUGCCAGAUAAAAACAAUUUAAAUUAGGUUUUGAAGGCAUUUUCUCUUCAUAUGACAGCUAAAGCAUAACCACAUAUGUCACAGGAGUCAUUCCUAAUAUGUUACUGCAUCUUAAAUUGGCCUCAGGCUACAUAAUUGAUCCGAUUUUUGUUUAGCUAGACUUGUGCCUUGGUUUGUGUUAAGGAUUGUAAUACCGAUCUUGAAAUAAAGAACAGAGGUUUGUGCAUGAGGAACUUUGCAAUGGCAAGACAGAACUUUCAGAUGGAUAAUUUGAGUUACAAUGGAGUUGGUAGAGGUUACUGUUUGGAAGUGACUGGGUAGGGCUUACUAGUAGGAUGCUUUGUUGCUUUCUUACCUCCACUGUGAUAAUUGAAUUAUUGAUAUUAUGAAUGAUCUUUGGCCCCAAAUUUUCUACUGUUUAUAUGUUAAAUAUAUCAUUAUAAUAUUAUAUUAAAGUUUCUUUUAUGAUAAAUGGUGUCUUGAGUCUUUCCCUCCUGAUUACUACUAACAUUCAGUAAAAUAUUUCAAGAUAAAACUGCUCUUAGGACACUGAACAUCUUCAUGAAUUGGUAUCCAAACUCUCCAUUUUGACCUUUCAUCAUAACCUAUAUUAUUUGGAGGAGAGGUGGAAGUUCAUGGUUCUAAUUUCUGUGUUAAAGUCCUCUGUUAAGUGUAUGAACUAUCUGACUUUGGGUAUUAAGAAAAAUUCUCUCUCUCUCUCUACUUUGCUUUAAGUCAAACAAGCUUUCUGCAAAGAAUUAAUUGCAUAUGGUGGUGACCGACUUUGCAAGUUUAUCCUCGUUCUUCCAGACCAAGAAAUUUUCCCAUUAUCCAGUUGCUAAAACACUGGUUUUCUCUCAGCAGAUCUCCUUUUAGCUAAUAUCACAAAGCAUCUGCUAGUACAAAAUCUCCUGUGCAAUAAAUUUUAGAUGCCAGAGAUGGAGCAUAAUGAAGCCUGUAAUCAUCCUCAAAAUCACGCUUGCUCAGGCUCAGCACCAGCCAUGGACAAUUCCACUGCUUCUGAAUUUGCAACAAGAGCUACUGAUCAUCCAUCAUCUAGUUUCAUUUCAGCAUUUCCAACCUGUUUUCCUACUAAUGCUGGAUCAUCAAAUAGCUCAUAUGUGAACAUGUCUAGUGGAGGUUUUACAAGCUUUCCUCCCAACCAAGUCCCACACUGGCCGCCUCCUUAUAAUCAACCUCUCAGCGGCAAUGGAUGCAGCACCAGUUAUCCUCAUAUUGACUACAGAAUGGUUGCCUUCAAACGGAAAAGCCCAACUAUACCUCUUGAUGGUGAAACUAAUGUUGCUAGGUAUCCCCAAGUUGGAAGUUCUAUGAAUCAUCCCUCUCGCCCUGUUAGUAUAGAACCAAAUAUUCCUCCACCUCCUGAAAACUUGCCUUUGAACACUAUUAGCAUGCCUGCCAGUCAUAGUAGCGAUGACAAUCUUCCUGGUGAAGGAUCACAAAGGAAUGUGAGAAGCCGGCAUAGUGAAGAAUUUCAGACACAGUGCAAUCCAGCUUGGUACUAUGCAUCAAGAGAUACUGCAUAUGCUCUUUAUGGGUCAAAUGAUGCAAUGUCAGGCUCAAGAAUGACUCAGCAGUGGAGCCAGUUUCCUGCACACAUGGUUCCUCAUGGAUGGUUUCCAACUUCAGAUGCUAUUUCUUUUCACCAUAGACUGAACCAACCCAUCGCUAGAGACAAUGUUGCCAACAGUACAAGUGCCACCAAUGGUGCUUAUCAUCAUCUCGUUCAAAAUAGAAAUCAAAAUGCUCCUGCGUCAGCUCUUCAAUUCCCUUCCAUGCUAAAUAUGGUGCCAACCCAAAGUGCCAAUGGCCACAACUAUUCUUUUAUUCCUUAUAACAACAGAGCUGUUGGAGCACAGGUAGGAGUGGAAGCAGCUGCAUCUUCCAGAUCUCUAAGGCCACUACCUAUUAUACAACAUACAAGCCAUGGGGUCAGUGCAAGAGGCUCUCAUCAGAGGUCUAAUUUGAUGACUCAUAGACGGAACACCCCCAAUAGAUGGGCACCUGAGAGUGCUUUUAUGGCUGGCUGGUUGGCCUUCUACGACACUGCAAACCUACAUGAUCAGCACAGAGAUAUGAGAUUGGAUAUAGAUGACAUGAGCUAUGAGGAACUACUUGCCUUGGGAGAAAGGAUAGGAAAUGUCAGUACAGGCUUGUCAGAAGAGGCCGUUUCAAGCUGCAUGGUUGAGACGGUUCAUCAUUCUUGUCCACGAAUACAGGAUGAAGGAAAGUGUGCCGUAUGCUUGGAGGAAUACGACGACAAUGAAAAAUUGGGAAGGCUGAAAUGUGGACACGAUUACCAUAUUUGCUGCAUCUCGCACUGGCUGAAAACGAAGAACAUUUGCCCAAUCUGCAGGGUGCCUGCUUCCACUGAUGCUUCCGACAAGUAGUUGUUUCUUUACAAAUAAGCUCAGUUAGGCAUGUUAUUUUGUUCUUGUAAACUCCUAAGGAUGUAUAACAGUUUCACUGUCAAUUUGUAAAUAUGGUCCCAAAAUUCUUUCUUUCAAGUUUUAGGUUUUUGCACUAAUAAACUAGAUCUUCUCGAAUU